AUGAAUAGCUCCACCGAUGCAAUAGAUAUAGUCACAGAUAGCGACAACCAAGAAAGAAACACUGAAAAGAAAAGAUCAAUGUUUAGCAGGUCUAAGCAUUACAUCUUCAUAGGACUGUUCGGAGCUCUCAAUCUCCUCAUAAGCAGCCCUGUCCAGCUCAUCGAAGUGUUCAAUGAGAAACUAAGAGUAGCAGCAUACCUAAAGAAUUCACUGGAGUACUCAGAGUGUAUGGGCCCUAGAUCAGAUAACUACAACUCCACAGCCUCUCUAUUCUGCUGGGAUAAAUACUUGGACAAGACAAGCGAGUUCUCCUACAAAAUGAUAGAUGACUAUGAAAAAACUCUGUGGCUCACUUCCAGUAGUAGCAGCCGAGAGCUAACAGAUAUCCUGUUCAGGCUGAACGGCAUAGGAACAUCGCUGAUUUUCAUGGGGGGACUGCUAGGGUACUUUUUGUGCCUGGUGUUCUCAAAAGUUUUUAAGAAACAUCCAAAGUGUGUUAACACUGCAUUUGCCGCAUCCAUUGCAGCUGCAAGUGCGGCUAUUUUCUUUUACAGCAGCACUAUAAUGGAUAGUAGGGUGAAUAGGAGCGAGAUAGAAAGUGCGCUUUCUUUUCUGAUUUAUUUGCGUGGGUUACUCGGAAUGAACAUUUCCUUUUUCAGCUACUACAUAAGCAUUAACUCCAGCAAAAUAUUCGGAAAAGGAAAAAGUAAAAACACCAGGAUCGCGCAGUUUGGAGCAGUUCAGACGAUCUCUGGGUCUCUAGCCUUCACCGUUCCUAUACUUUUCAACUGGAUCUAUUUUAACGGCAGCUGGCUAGCAUUUAACGCAUUCACUUUGUCUAUGUUUGGGCUGUCGCUUGUGAUAGUAUUAUUGCUAAACUAUUUACUUGCCAUAAAAAGCAGUGAACAAGAGCACAAUUACGAGCUGCAGAAUAUGCUCUCAGUGGAAGAUGAGAAGAAAGUAGAAGUUGUUUGUAGAGAAAGUACAUCAGAUCUAUUCAAUGGAGAAGAGGAGGUUAAACCUAGAUUAUCGCAUCGUAUCUUGAGUAGUCUGAAGAAAAAUGUAGGAAGAUUUUUUAAGUGGUAUCCUGUUAUUCUGGUAUUUUAUCCUGUUUUGUUUUUCAUGACAGGAGCCAACUUGUUUUUAUACCACAAGGAUGUUAUUCUUCAUUCAACAGCAGGAAUAGCUUCUGCAGUCUUUCUCUCUUCACCGCUCAUGGGAGGAGUUCUUAUGCUCACUGUGUUUACGAAAAUGAAACAAGGAAAGCUGGCUGUGUAUGGAUUUGGUGUAACCACCAUUCUUGAGAUCUUUUUUUAUCUUGUGAACCAGAGCAUACUCUCUGAAGGCAUAACGAGCACCUUAUCAGUUGCAGUCUCAUCGCUAAUUCUUAUCUGUAUAAACUGCACCCUUGCUCCUCUUCUAGGCACUCUUCCUUUUUACAUCAGACACGACUCACCAAGUGUAAUAGCUAUAUAUGGACUUAUGAUGCAGCUAUCCAAUCUGCUGUGCUACAUUGCUCUGUCUCACCUAUACUCCGCUGUGCAAUUUAACUUUGUGUUGCUGUCUGUGGUUUGCUGUGGGCUAGGCGUCUUGAGCAAGAGGUGGCUGUUUAAAGAGUACAAAGAGCGAAGUUUGGAGUGA